GAUGACCAGAAGUCUUUACAAUUUUACUGUAUCUUUGUCUGUCCUUUCUUUCACCUUUCCUUUACUGCACUAUCUUGUCUGAUUCUCGCAGGAGACAUGGAUUACAACUGGUUGGACCAUACGUCUUGGCAUAGCAGUGAGGCAUCCCCAAUGUCUUUGCAUCCAGUAACUUGGCAACCAUCCAAAGAUGGAGACCGUCUCAUUGGUCGAAUUUUGUUAAAUAAAAGGCUAAAAGAUGGAAGUGUGCCUAGAGACUCAGGAGCGAUGCUUGGAUUGAAGGUAGUAGGAGGAAAGAUGACUGAAUCAGGUCGACUCUGUGCAUUUAUCACCAAAGUUAAAAAAGGAAGCUUAGCUGAUACAGUUGGGCAUCUUAGACCAGGUGAUGAAGUAUUAGAAUGGAAUGGAAGGCUACUGCAAGGAGCCACCUUUGAGGAGGUGUAUAACAUCAUUUUAGAAUCCAAACCUGAGCCACAAGUGGAGCUUGUUGUUUCGAGACCAAUAGGGGACAUUCCCAGAAUACCUGACAGCACACAUGCACAGCUGGAGUCCAGUUCUAGUUCAUUUGAAUCUCAAAAAAUGGACCGACCUUCUAUUUCAGUGACUUCUCCUAUGAGUCCUGGCAUGUUAAGAGAUGUUCCACAGUUCUUGUCUGGACAACUUUCAAUAAAACUGUGGUAUGACAAGGUUGGUCAUCAGCUAAUAGUGACAAUAUUGGGAGCAAAGGAUCUUCCUUCCAGGGAAGACGGGAGACCAAGGAAUCCUUAUGUUAAAAUAUACUUUCUUCCAGACAGAAGUGAUAAAAAUAAAAGAAGAACAAAAACAGUAAAGAAAACAUUGGAACCUAAGUGGAAUCAGACAUUUAUUUAUUCUCCAGUUCAUCGGAGAGAGUUCAGAGAACGAAUGUUAGAAAUUACUCUUUGGGACCAAGCACGGGUUCGAGAGGAAGAAAGUGAAUUUUUAGGAGAGAUUCUUAUUGAGUUAGAGACAGCAUUACUAGAUGAUGAACCUCAUUGGUACAAACUUCAAACACACGAUGUCUCUUCAUUGCCACUUCCCCAUCCCUCACCAUAUUUGCCACGCAGACAACUCCAUGGCGAGAGUCCCACACGGAGGUUACAAAGGUCCAAAAGAAUCAGUGACAGUGAAGUCUCUGAUUAUGACUGUGAUGAUGGAAUUGGUGUUGUUUCAG